GAGUACCGGAAGUGCUUCUGCUGCUGCUGCUGCUGCUGCUGCAAUAUUUUUUUGGCGGGUAGGGAGGGAGAGGGGGACACUUCCACGGGUCGAUCAAAAGUGCGCGUGUACGAGAGAUGAAAACAAAAAAAAAUUGCGUGCAAAAAAUCGACGACUGCGGCGACCAUUGAUGUGACGCUGGCGUUAUCGACCGUUUCGCAAAUUUAAUUGAUCGCAUUUUGUUUUCGUUUCUUUUUCGUGGAACCCCUCCUCCAAUCCCCUCUCCAAACGUUUGCUAAAGAUCGCAUCGAAGACGCGGCAAGGCGGUGCAACGUGUUGCGUCAUGAGCGGCGUGACGUCACUGUAGGGUGAAGGCAAAAAUGGCGGAGUGCUCGUAUGCUCGCUGCGUUCAGGAGCGCCGAGCGAUCAAAAAAGAGCUGCAAAGAUGGACGAAGAACAUGGUUUUCGUAGUAGGUUUGGAAAGAGUAGCUGAGGAGCUGAUGGGCAGACGGAAAUGGAAGCAGUACCAAGAUUUAGUGUUGAAGACGCCACUCAAACUAGAUACAGAGGAUUGGGAGCCACAAGACAAGUGCUGUAUGUGUGAUGGCAGAGCGUUUUUAGACUCCGCGACGAGUCCAGCAGCGUCAGACAGUGGCAGCACCGGUUCAAAUAGUCAGGGUAGCAGUUCCCUACGAGAAACUCCGCCAGUAACUUUGCCCCACGAAGGGGGCCAUUCUACAGGAGCUCCAAACAACGUCAUCCCCUCCCUUUCUAAAUCAACAUCUGGAAUGACAACGUUACAGUCGGUCACGUCCAUGGCUGCAUCGCUGGCCGCAGUAGCGGCUCUUGGUUCUAACAUGAGUAAUUCUGGUUCCGGUCCUGUGACCAACAUUCCCGGUGUUCCAACGCCACCCGGUGCUAUGCCGUUCUAUCCGCCCCCACCCCAUCAUCAUGGAGGUCUAUUCCCCCACUGGUAUCUCUCACCCCCUCAUUCCCACCUUGCUGGAAGAACUGUUCCCUCACCAACAGUGGCACUGGCUGAUGGUUUAAGACUUGAAGCUGUGCCUUCAGUGAAACGGGAGCUCAGUACUACGCCCCCCAUAGUGAUGGCACUCCCUCCCACAAGCAGUACUUCAGAGCAGCCGUUGGAUCUGAGUGCGAAAGCUGUUGCGUGUGCUAGUGACAGUGCUAGAGACUGCAAUCCUGGGGCCACGCCCUCUGACCAGCAGCAGUCCCUGAAGGUUCCAAACAUCGACAACAAGCACAUUUUCAAGGCGAAACCCCGUAUGAGUACAGUAGCUGGUCGCAGAACAUACACGGAGGAAGAAUUGCAAGCUGCUCUACGCGACAUACAGAGUGGCAAACUGGGCACACGCCGAGCCGCCGUCAUCUAUGGAAUCCCCAGAUCGACCCUGCGUAACAAGGUUUACAAGUUGGCUCUGGAACGAGAACGAGAUUCCCACCUGGUGCUCACUAACAACACUGCCACAGUGGGACAGGGUGCAGAGACACCCAUCGUUCCCAAGACUGAGCCCCUUCAUGAUGAGGAAGAUGAGAAAGAGCUCUCAGGGGCUGAAGAAGAACGUGAAGUGGAAAAGGCUUUGAGGAAACCGUUGUUGUCAUUGGAAGACCUUGUGAGGUUAUCAGUUUUUGGUGCUGGGAAGGGUCUGAUAGCCAGUGAUCCACUGAGAACACUUCUGCAGCAUGGACGGUUCCUUGAAGAUGGACUCCACAGACAUGCCACUGUCAAUGAGGAUGGAGAAGAUGGUUCCUCUCCAUCAGUGUUCCCAGGAUUCCCUCAGAACAUUUUAGACAUCUGGGGUGGCAUGGAGCACAGCGCUCUUGGUCCUUACAUUUCCCAGUUCCUAGCCAAUUCAGCUGCUGAAUGUAGCAGGGACACCGUAGCUGGCAUCGUUGGAAGCAAGAAUGUUGGUGGAGGGACAUCGACACCUGAAGACAAGAGUCCAAUAAGAGGAGAUUUCCUUCCAAAAUUUCCCAUGCCUCUCUUGCCAGAAUUUGUUCAAAGGAUGAUGGCAGAAGAUAAUAAGCUGCUGUUAGAGGAACAGAUGAAGAAACAUCACCACUUGAAGCACAACUUUCAUCCAAAUGGUGCCCAUUCUAAUGAAACCACUGGUGGAGAUCCUGAAAAAUAUGCAGUCAGACAUUCCACUGUGGCCACAGAAGAGUCACCUGACGCAGAAGCUUGUUCAUCAUCUGGGGCCACUCCACCUUCUAAUGUGAUACUGAAAAUUCCGUCCUUCAAACCGACUUCAAAGAAUGGAGUGGCCCCUGGUAGUGGUGGCAGUGCUGCAGAUCCACAAGAAUCUUCUAGUCAACAGUUCGUAAGAGGUAGUGACUCCUCUUCACCCCCUACCAUCCCUCCAAGUCUUACUGGGAAAGGUAUUGGUGUUAGCCUUAGGGAAGUGAUUGCCAAGAGCAUAAGCCAGAAAUUUCAGCAGCACGGUUCGGGCGACGUCUCACGACUUCAGUUGCCGUCUAAACUCCUGCUGGCGCAUGACGCUGUCAUUGAACCUCCAUUCAAACGAGGUCGAUUUACUCCUCCACUCGGUGCAAAUUCACCAUCUGUCACUGCAUCUGUCAUCAAACAACACAACAACAACAACACCCAUUCUGAUGAUAGAAAUGCUCAAAAAAUGUUGUCACAGGUUGCUGGAAAGUCAGUGGGAAGUUCUAGUGGUGUUAACAAUGCAGGUAACCCUUCAGGGGGGAAAGGUACGCGUCCGAAACGUGGAAAAUACCGUAACUACGAUCGUGACAGUCUGAUAGAGGCAGUCAGGGCAGUUCAGAGGGGUGAGAUGAGUGUUCAUCGUGCUGGCUCACAUUUUGGUGUGCCACAUUCCACUCUUGAGUACAAAGUGAAGGAGCGACACCUCAUGAGGCCUCGCAAGCGUGAACCCAAGCCUCAUAUGGAUGAUACCAAGAAGAAGGAUGACAACAACAUUCUGAGGCAUUCUGCUCCGACUCUAGAGAAACACAAAAUUCCUGCAAAACCUAUUCCAAAAACUCCUUUCACACCAACUUCUGGGAUUCCAAAUGCUCCGAAUGGUCUGAAAAUUCCUCCUAUGUUUGACCCUGCUAAUAUGCCUCCAAUGCCGUAUGCAGCAGCUCCACCAUUCCCAUUCUGGACACCCAGUCCUUUCCACUCUUUGCCAAUUGCAGACUUUCCCCGCAAUGGUGCGAACAACACUCCUGUUAACUACAGCCCUUCUCCAGAAUUUUUUGCAUCACAAAUGAUGCAGCGGCUUCAGGAGGAAUCUUCUCGAGUCAAUGCUGGGGGUGGGGAUGCCAGCAGUCCUAUGGGUGUAUCCACAUCAUCCAGUCGUAGUCCACCCCUCUCAAACCCAGGUGGAGCUCUUGGGAAAAGUGCACGAGAGAUGGCAGAGAGUUUGUACGAUGGAACAGGUGCAAAUGGAAGUUUUCUUGAUGGAAUCAUUCGCUCCAGCCUGGAGAUGGGUUUACCUCCAGGUACUUCCAAAGAAGCUAGCAGCAGUAGUGCCCCUGAGAAUAUGUCAAACAAGGCUCUCCUGGAUCAGUUGUGUCGAAACAGCCGUCUGACACCCCUUCCACGUGCAGUGUCUUUACCACUGACCGAUGGGGGAGCGAGCAGUUCUGAUGACGACUCCAUGAAACCGUCUUUGUCGAAGAAUGAGCGCGGACACUGCGGCAUCAAGACUGCCGCGACAGAAUCUGAUGCGAGCGCGUCGGCAAUUAUUGAUCUCUCUCCGUUGUCAAAUGGAUCAACAGCAGAUCGUGAUUUUCAUCGAAAGCAUACUGCGGAAGAUGAGGGUGAUGAUGAUGAUGAUGAUGAUACCUCUUCAUCAUCAGAAGAAGACACCAAAGUUGCAGCAACAUUGUUUGCCAGCACACAUGUCUCAGAAUCACAAAAAGAAGAAACAAAUGGCAUAUGUAAGGAUGAUAAGAAAGGGACAGAUGGUGAUAACAAUGUUGUUACUGAUGAUGAUGUCAAUGAUGAAAGUGCCUGUGAUAGUAAAAAUAUUAUAAAGAGAGUUGAUAAAGAUGCUGCCAAAGAUGACAAACAAGGAGAGGGAGGAGGUGAAGAUCCAUUGGAGAAAGAGGAUACCAAAUCAAACAUCAACUCACUAAGAGACUGAAUUCUUUUUAGCCACUAUUACUUAGCAUGUUAUAUACAAACACUAUGUGACAGAAUUUUAUUAUUAUAUUAUCAGAGGUGUAUCUUUUUUUAGUCACCUUACUGUACUGAUUUUUGUAGGUGUUGAAUGUUGUAAGUUAGUGUGUAGUUCUGUCAAUUGGGUUGCUCCCAUUUUCACUUAUUGGAAAUGGGAGGGAAUGUUUUUGUUUUUGUUGUAAUUUUGUUUCACCUCAGUGGCAAAAAUGUUUGAAUCUUAUCACUGUUUUUCUGCUGCUACAUUUUGGAGGAAACAAUUUUUUCUUCCUUUGGUACAUCUGCAUAUUUUUAUCUCUCUCUCUCUCGCUCUUUUUGAGGUCGACAAUCGUAAUGUUGCCAAAGCUAUGUGAAAAAAAAACGUAUUUAUCAAAUUCGGUAAUUUAUCUAUCUAUAUAUAAUGAUAUAUAGUGAGGGUGUUUAAAAAUUGUUGGAAAAUUAGCUGUAUACAUUCGUGGUGACUUUUUAAAUAUUUUUUUUAAUCCAACAAAAAAUUGUUCUGUGGCGGUUUCCCAAGAUAUCGUCCAUCAAAGCAGUUUCAUUUCAUGUCUGUGUAAGUGUACUUUAUGUGUGGUUGUUAUAUCUAUCAAUGUGAAUGCAUUAAUGUUUGUGUAUUUUUUAAAAUGCCUGUGUGUUUAUGUUCGUGUGUUUGGAUGAAAGUUAAAAUUUCAUCUGGGGUGGGUAUAUUUUUUUGUUUGUGACAUUUAAAUGAAACUUGUGAGAAAUGCAGCAGAAGUAUAAAUCAGUUCGUGUUUCGUUACGUUCGACUAAGGAGCGACGACGUCCUAUUGCCAACUGCGGGUGUGCCAUAUUCCCCUCUGUAUGUCAAAAUUGUACAAAGUUUCAGAACAUGAAUCUCAACAGGCAGUUGGUAUCCCGCACUGCAGCACAAGUUCCAUUUGAAGUGUUCUAAAGAAAACUGAUGUCUUUCUUAAAAUAUAAAGUAUAAGGCAGACUGCUUUGAUGUUGGAUUACAGUUUUUUAAGAGAAUCUUGGGAUUCACCAAGAAUUUUACUGUCUGUGAUGAAGCCAAAUUUUGAAUGUAUAUUUUCUCUAUUGAUAUCUUAUAUAUACUAGACUAGUUUAUAUAUUGAAAAAUGGAUUUUUUGUUUUUGACAAUUGAAGUGCAAUUAGAAAUGGUACGACCUUAAACUAUACACAUACUGUACGUAUAUAAAUAUAUUUACAUUUUAAAUGAGAUGAAGAUGUUCAAAAAUGAAGGAAGAGAAUCAAGAAUGAAGGUGCAGUAAAAGCAGCAGCAGCAACAACUAACAGAUUCCGACCACAAACUCUUUCUUUUAAAUUAACAAGCAACCCAGCUUCGAAUCUAGCCAUCAGCUACAACAGUGCAGUCCCCAUCAAGGGGAAGUACAGAGUUUUUUUUUUAUAUGAUUUCCCAUGAUGAACCAUGACACAGAGAAUAUUUUGUUUUCUUUACUACCAA